AGACAGCGCUUCAAUUCCGACAAAGCUCUCGUCGGACUUGUACUGCCCACAAUAUCCCAGUUUCUGACCCUUACAACUUCAAUAGGUCCCAGUCCUUCUGUUCACCAGCCAGCGUGGACUAUACUCUCUGACUGAAGGCCAUUUUCAAAGUCAGUGGGCUUGUGGCUGCUAAGUCAUUCUCGACUGUUUUUACCCAUCCCCAGUCGGCUGCCAAUUCUUGAUUUGUGCAAAAGAACAUUCAAGAAUUUCUGUAACUAGAAAUCACCAGAGGAGAGCGUCGUCGCUGCCAUAAAAGCCCUUUCGAAAAGACAGCUUCCCCGUCGCAAGCCUGUCUUGCGCGGCAAUCCGAGGAAGCUCCACGACGAAGACCGAAUAGCUAUCUACUACAAUCGUCCGGCACCAAGCGACAAUAUUUGCGUUGCCAUAUACGCAGGGCUGAAAUUUGAUCAUCAUGUCCAACGAAGCAGACGUCGCCGAGGCGGCACAAGCCAAAGUCGAUAGGCGCUCCAAUGUGUCCCCAGCGCCAACGCAGUCCAAGAAGGAGAAGAAGCGCUUGCAACUAGUCGAGCGUCUCCAAUCAUUAUCCGAGCAAUUCGACAUCAACAGGGACAGAGAAUACCGGGAGAUGCUCAGCAAGAUCCAGUUGGACACGGCGCUCGUCAUGCAGGUUGAUCCGUAUGCAGCACAGCCGCUGGCCGCUAUCGACAAGUCGCAGAGCAUGAGCGACAGUAUAAAUCCUCAGCUUCGCGGUGCGACAAUAUUGGAAAUGGCCGGUCCCAAGUUUCAGGAAUGGGUCAACACCAUCGAGGAUCUGGUAGAGCGGCGUGACUUUGAGUUAACUCGCCACAAGGACGAGUAUGACAUGAAGAGUAACGAGCACAAGAAUGUAUACAUCUACAAAUCCGAGGUCGCCAAGCGGGAACACAAAGCACUAUCACAAACCCUGCGCGACCGGCUUGUCAACACGAUCAAUUCCAAAAGAGCUCGCCUGACCAAAGAAAAGGAGGCCUUUGAGAUUUCAGACGCAUCUGCUCUUCUAUUACACCCGAACCAGUAUUCGAUCGCAAAUCCAUCUAGCCCUGGCGGUACGCAUACCAAGAGGGCCACAAGACUUCGUCAGACGGCGGAUGAGGCAGAUACAAGGAAGCGAAAGCGGAACGGCGGCGGCGACGACGAUGGCUCGCCAGCUCCACAGCGCAGAACGCUGGAUAACAAUAACACCACUGCCAUGUGGCAGAACGACCGUCUUACCACACGGAGAGUGACGGGCCCGAUUCACAGUAUCGACAAGUUGUUCACGGAUAAGGAGCUGACAAUGCAGUACAACGCUGCGGCGCUUGCUGCUCAUAAAUACUUGCUCACAAGCAAAUCAAAAGCAAGCGGCUCGGGUGUGAACGGCUCUCCUGACGAUAGUGACACGGGCGAGAAUGAGGACGGUGACCAGGACAGCAGUGAACACGGCCAUUUGGCACCCACGAUGGAGAGGGUGCCGUCACAUGCAACAAGGAGUCGUGGUGGUGCCAACGCUUCCAAUUUUAUAGACGAAAAGAUCGUCGGUCUUGAGGCGCUCACCAACUUUGAGAUCCCUGGAAACCUAGAGAAGAUGGCAGCAGCUGUGCCAAAACUGCCGCCAGUGUUCCUUGCCACUUAUGCCAAGUCUUACAGCAAUAAAGAUGGCAAUACGCCCACGACACUACCCCCCGAUGAAGUCAACUCGGACCUGGCUGUGAUGAACAUCCUGAAGCAGUACGAGAACAUCCACGGGGUGGGAUCCAACCUCGACAAUGCCAACGGCUGCCGCAAAGUCCUCGAGGCAACAGCAUACUCGGUGCGCGAUGAUAGGUACGCCGUGUACCUCGAUACCCCCCGUCAUUCCACGGCCGAAGACUUACGAUCCGAUUUGAAGCUCCCUGCAACAGCGUCGGCAUUACCUAACACGCGAGGCCCCCCAACACCAAAUACAAAAGCGGGCCCGACAUCGGCCCCUGGAGCCAGCCCGAUGAGCCGACAAAGCAGUCAAGGUGGCGUAGCCAUGGCUAGGCAGGGUAGCAAUACCAGAUCUCAACGAAGACGUGGUGGGAUCUAGACGACCUGAGAUGGCCAGUCUAUUUUGUUGAAAUAGUUUUGACCGGGGCCCUUUGGGACAUGGUUUGUGACGAACACAAGUGUGGUUCUCUAGAUUUGUGGUGUUGCCAGGCGUUUUUGGUUGCUGAUUCACAUGUCUCUGCGGUUGGCGAAAGCAAACAAGCAGACGACGGCGUUUUGCAUAUACUCGGGUUGGCAAGGCAUACAUAUGGAUUAUGCCUUGAAACCAGGGCGUUUGGAUGGUAUUAUUUUUCUUCGUCCAUGCUUAAUAGGGGGUGUGGAGCUUUGUUGUACGGCCGUCUAUAUAUAUAUAUAUAUAUCACUAGUCUUGCACUGCGAGGCGAACGGAAUUCACAGGUUACUCGACAAUACAGAAGAUAGGUGUACCUGUCAUACUGUUUAUAUUUGACAACGUGUAGAAAGGAAUUGUUUCAAUUGAGGCAACGUGGGACCGC